AUGGCUGAUCGUCAUGCCAUAGCUGCGGGCUGCGGCCAUGGCCUAUCUGAUAAGAGUUUGCUCCUCUUCGGCUCUCUGUGUCAGUUGUUGCUUCUUCUCCAGGCCGCCGCGCUCUCUUUUCAGUACGACUUCUCCAUCCCCGGCGUCCUCGACAGGGCAAACCUCGUGUACAUAAACGACUCGUUCAGUGCCGGCGACAGGAUCAGCCUCUCGAAUAUGAGCGACAACAGCGUCGGGCGUGUGGCCUACGCGCAGCCCGUGCGCCUGUGGGACUGCCGCACCGGCGCCGCGGCCAGCUUCGCGACGAGCUUCUCCUUCGCCAUCGUCGGCAACCACAGCAGCACCCGGGGGGACGGCAUGGCGUUCUUCGUCGGGCCGUUCCCGGCCACCAUGCCGUGGGAGUCCGGCGCCCAAUACCUGGGGCUCUACACUAACCAGAACCUCAUGGGCUCGCCGCCGACGGUCGCCGUCGAGUUCGACACGUUCUGGAACUCGAACCUGGACCCCCCGGGCGUCGCCGACCACGUCGGCAUCGACGUCAACAGCAUCCGCUCCGCCAAUUACACGAGGGACCUCCCGAGCUUGGGCCUCUACGGCACCAUGUCAGCGAACAUCACCUACGACGCAGGCUCCAGGAUGAUGGCGGUCAGCAUCCGGCUGGCCGAUGGGAGUAUUCAUGGCGUCCAAACGUCGGUGGACCUCAGAGCCGCUGGACUGCCGCAGGAAGCGGCCGUGGGGUUCUCGGCGUCCACCGGGGGUUUCUUCGAGUCGCACCAGCUCCUCUCUUGGGCCUUCAACUCAACAGACAUGGCAGCAGUUUCAAGGGAAUCCUCGUACCAAGAGCUCCCAGAGGUGUCAACCAAUGCGAGGAUCUCAUUGCCAGUUCCAAGGGAAUUCUCAUACGAGGAGCUGUAUGAGGCGACCGAUGGCUUCAACAAUGACAGGUUCCUCGGCUCGGGCUGCUUCGGGGGAGUGUACAAAGGCCUUCUGCGGCAUCCGAGCUUGCCCAACCCGGAGGUGGCGGUGAAAAAAUUAUAUCCGGUAUCGGAACGGGAACAAUCGCGGAAGAACUACGCCUCCGAGAUCAUGAUCCUGGGCCUGCUGAAUCACCGAAACCUUGUGAAGCUCGUCGGCUGGUGCGACGGCGGCGCCGGCAAGCAGCUGCUCGUGUACGAGCUGGUGAAGAACAAGAGCGUCGACGAGCACCUCCACGGGCCAGGCCUGGCGUGGCCGGAGAGGUACAAGAUCGCGCUUGGCGUCGGCCGCGCCAUAGAAUACCUCCAAACCGGCUGCCACAACCUCAUCGUCCUGCACCGGGACAUCAAGACCAGCAACGUGCUGCUGGACGACGACUUCGAGGCCAAGCUCAGCGACUUCGGGCUCGUGAGGCGGGUGGACCCUGGACAGAGCUCCCUCGGAGGCACGCAGAUGAUCGGGACCGAGGUGUACAUGGAUCCCAUCUGCAAGUCCACCGGUAGGGUGAGCACGGCCUCCGACGUGUACAGCUUCGGGGUGCUGCUGCUGGAGAUGGCCACCGGCGAGAAGCUCGCCGAGGUGAAGGACGCGACGGAGCUCGUCAGAACUGUCCGCGAAUGUUACGACAGGGGCGCGGUCCUCGAAAAGGCCGACGCGCGGCUGAACGGCGAAUUCGACCGAGAGCAGAUGGAGCGAGUGAUGGCCGUUGGUCUCUUGUGUGUCCAACCGCAGCGCCAAGACCGGCCAGAAAUCGCAAAUGCCGUCAAGUUGCUGUCCGAUCUCCGCCAUUCGCUACCCGACCCUGGUGCCGGAAACAACUCACGUUCGUCUAACGCGGCGCAGCAGAAUUCGUCGUGA